AUGGCUUCCUCCUCCAGAGCCAUGAACUCCCUUCGCACAACUCACCUCCUCCAGAAGGCUCCGCGCGCUGCCAACGCCGGUCGUAGAACCCUCACUACCUCCUCCAGACAGUCCCUCAGAACCGUCGCCGCGAGGCCGAGAGUCGCCGCCCUUCCCCAAGUCAGCACCGUUACGCGCCAAUUCCGCAGAGAAUACGCCGAUGCAGCUCCCAAGAAGCCCGGCAAGCUUCGCAAGACCUUCAGAUGGGCCUGGCGUUUGACCUAUCUCUCCGCCCUGGGCCUCUUCGCCUACAUCGGAUACGUCGUCUACGAUGACAGACACCCCGAGGAGCAGCUUGAGCUCGACCCCAGCAAGAAGACGAUCGUCAUUCUCGGCACUGGCUGGGGAUCCGUCUCUCUGUUGAAGAAGCUCGACACCGAAAACUACAACGUCGUCGUCAUCUCGCCCAGAAACUAUUUCCUCUUCACCCCCCUUCUCCCCUCGUGCACGACCGGCACCAUCGAGCAUCGCUCCAUCAUGGAGCCCAUCCGCGCCAUCCUCCGUCACAAGAGGGCCCCCGUCAAGUUCUACGAAGCCGAGGCCAGCUCCAUCGAUCCCGAUAGAAAGGUGGUCAAGAUUCUGGAUACGUCGGAAAUUAAGGGCUCCAUGUCCGAGACCGAGGUCGCCUACGACAUGCUGGUCGUCGGUGUUGGAGCUGAGAACGCCACCUUCGGCAUCCCGGGUGUGCGUGAGAACUCUUGCUUCUUGAAGGAGAUUGGCGACGCCCAGGCUAUUCGCAAGAAGAUCAUGGACUGCGUCGAGACCGCCGCCUUCAAGGACCAGUCCGCCGAGGACGUCAACCGUCUCAUGCACAUGGUUGUCGUCGGCGGUGGCCCUACUGGUGUCGAGUUCGCUGGUGAGCUCCAGGACUUUUUCGAGGAGGACAUCAAGCGUCUUGUUCCCGAAAUCGCCGACCGUUUCAAGGUCACCUUGAUCGAGGCUCUCCCCAACGUUCUUCCUUCCUUCUCCAAGCAGCUCAUUGAGUACACCGAGAAGACCUUCAAGGAGGAGAAGAUUGACAUCUUGACCAAGACCAUGGUCAAGAACGUCACCGACACCCACGUUCAGGCUGAAGCUACUGGCCCCGAUGGAAAGAAGCAGACCCUCACUAUUCCCUACGGUCUUCUCGUCUGGGCCACUGGCAAUGCCGUUCGCCCCAUUGUCCGCGACCUCAUUUCCAAAAUCCCCGCCCAGAAGGACUCUCGCCGCGGCCUGGCCGUCAACGAGUACCUCGUUGUCCAGGGCACCCGUGACAUAUGGGCCAUUGGCGACUGCGCCGUCGCUGGAUACGCCCCUACUGCCCAGGUUGCCGCUCAGGAAGGUAGCUUCCUGGCUAGACUGUUCAACAACAUGGCCAGAACAGAGACUGUCGAGGCUCGCGUCCGGGAGCUCAGCAAGGACCUCAACUUGAAGCCCGGCAACGCCGCCGAGGUUGCCAAGGAGAUCGAGGCCCAUGAGCGCCAGCUCCGUCGCAUCAAGGACAUCAAGCCCUUCCACUACUCUCACCAAGGCAGCAUGGCCUACAUUGGUAGCGAGAAGGCCGUCGCUGACGUCAGCUGGUGGAACGGCAAUAUUGCCAGCGGUGGCAGCAUGACCUACCUCUUCUGGCGCAGCGCCUACCUUUCCAUGUGCUUCAGCACUCGCAACCGCCUGCUUGUCGUCAACGACUGGCUCAAGUCCAAGGUCUUUGGUCGCGAUAUUUCACGAGAAUAA